AUGAUGCAUGCUUGCUGCGUCCAACCUGCCGUGGAAGUAGGGUCGCAGCUUUCACGUGGACGUGGAAGGCUCUGCUUGAAGGAACCAGGAGCAUGUGGCUCUGUCGACGAUGGCUGGUUGGCUUGCGACGUUAGCAGGGAAGCGUCGUUGCCUCCCUUGCAGUGGAGUCCUCGUAGACCCAGCGUGUCGCUGGUGUCUGACAAAUGUCCACCUGCUCCGAGCGAUCCCCCGAGCGACCCCCGGAGCGCCAAGUUCGCCCAUCUGCCCUCAGUGGGCACCUGGCUCCAGUGGCUCCCCGAACCGCUGGAGCCCCUGGAGCCCCUGGAGCCCUUGGCCCUGGAGCCCCUGGAGCCGGCCAAGCGUCCAAUGGAAACCUGGAGGGUGAGCAGACCCAAAGCAAAGGCCAAACAGGCCUUGUCCCGACCCAAGGUCCGGACACCGGUGCCACCCCGGGUCGAGCCGUUGGAAGAGUUCCAGGGCUAUGUGCGAGAGGGGGAGCUUUGGCCCACAUGGGUGCCCUGUUGCAUCCACAUUUGCUGGGAUCGUUUACUGAUCAUGCGCGAUGAAAUCCGCAGAGAAAGAGAUGUUCGCCCCAACCAUUCGGAGAUGUUGAUCUGGCUGACGCCAUCUCUUGUGGUCACCAUGGAAGAUUUUCACGUGGUGGUCUCAUCCCCGGAGACGCGCCUUGCGGUGACGUUGCGGGGCGGCAUGAGAUUCAACGCCUGCCUAGUGGAGGCCCUCAAGGAGGCGGUCCUCAGGCUGGACGAGAGCAUUUCUUCAAAGAAGAUGUCCUUCGUCUACCUGAACGUUUAUGACCUCUUCAACUGGCAAGUGGGUUUGCUGAACAACGUUGCCUGGAGCCUAUGGGGUGCCGGUGCAUUUCACGUGGGCCUCCAGAUCUAUGGCUACGAAUAUGCCUUCGGUGGCAGAGACAGAGGAAUUGACGGCAGCGGGAUUACACACUGUAAGCCUCGAUGCUGUCCAAAGCAUUCCUUCCGCGAGAGCCUGUGUUUGGGCGUCACAUCCCUGACCAAACAGGAGGUGGAUGAGCUUCUGCAUGAGGUGGCGCCAGAUUGGUCAAUACAGGCCUAUGAGACCUUGGGCCCCAACUGCGUUACCUUUUGUCGCCAGAUGUGCAAACGUCUGGCAGUUCAAGGUGUCCCUGACUGGGUGGAUUCCAUGGCUCGAAGCAUCAAGGAACGACGGCCGGUUGAAAGUCUGGAGGAAGGUCAUUGUGCAUAUGGACACGUUUGCCAACUGAACUCACCUGUGGAAGCGGGCCUGCUCUGGAAGUUGGUUGUAGGGCUGCUGAAAAGACCUGCGCGGGACUCCAUCGCAUGGAUCCCGACCCAGGGACUCCCAGUUGAUCCCGACCUUCAGAUCUCUUUUGAUCGUUGGUGGAUGCCACGAAAUGCGAAUGCCAUGUGUAGGUUUUUCUCUUGCGCGGCAUAUUUUGUUUCGGGGCUGUUGCUGACCCAAAGGUUGGAUCCUAUGUGUGGAGUAGGCACCUACCUCUUCGCUCUCCAAUGGGCUUUGAGCCGUAUGGCGCCCAAAACCGUGGCGAUGUGGGGAGCUGAUGCGGAAGCUGAGAGCCUCAUGCAUGCCACGGGCAAUGCGAAGCUUGCGAAGCUCCGAACCGGUGGGAUUUCGGGUGGAACCGGUGGGGGUGAUGUAGCCGUAUCGACUUCUUCCAGGGGCAGGGGGGCCAAGAUGGCCAAGGGGGCACCUUUUUCAAGCACGAGCUAUCCAAAAAGUACUGCCCAGCUGGGCCGCGGUUGUCGUGUCAUGGCGCGCAUUUGGGAUUUCUCCGUGAGCUUUGAGCCAAAGAUCGUGGCGAAUGCAAUGGAAGCUGAACGGCUGGAAGUGUCUUGGCAGCGCUUGGUGGGAGUGGAAGGCGAGAUGCCAGGCCACAUCUAUGACAAGAACUCCAUCACACGAUGGCUUUCUGAGGGCAACAAGCUAUCGCCUUGCACAGGUGAAGAACUGGUUCAUACAAAGCUGCUGAGAAUACAGCCCUUCUGCUCAGCCAUCGAGAAGUUCCUCAGGCAUUUGGGCGAGUUCACGGAGGCCGAGAUGGCGGCCCAGGAUCGGAGCGAUGGAAGCAGCAAUCAUGGCGUGAUGCACAGCUGCAUGGAAUUGGCUGCCUUUCUGGAACGGAAACUGCUGAAGAGUACGAACAGGCCAAAGAGAAGUUCCAAAGGCCGGGAGAAGCGCAGCAAGAACAUCUAUGCGGGGCAGAUGGCCUUUGAUGCAUUGCAACAAGCGAUCAAAGCGAAUCAAGCUGAGAUUGAUGAACUUCAAGCUCAAGUGAAUGGUGCUCAGAAGCAGUUGGAAUCGUUACAAAAAGGUAUCGAAGAAGAAGCUGCCCAAAUAGUGCAGCGCUUCUUGCAGAUGAAGCCCUUGCGGGAGAAGGCUGCCAUCAGCAUUCAGAGGUGGUUGCGCGAACGCGCCAAGGUCAAUGCUUGGAGAGAUCGAAGUGAAAAGCUGGCGAAGCAAUGUGCCAUGGCCAUGGCCAAUGGUAGGGAGGAGCUGGUCAACAAGUUUCAGUCCAAAGGGGAUUUGGACUAUCGCUUGGUCCUGAAAUUCCUCAAGGCCGAUGGCGCCGAUGUGAAUCAAAGCCUUCCGCCUGGUGUCACGCCCCUGUACAAGGCAGCCAUGGCAGGUCAGGUGAUCAGUGCACGGCUUCUUUGCAAGGCUGGGGCAGACAAGGAUGCUGUGGGUCCUUCGAAAGCACGACAACUUCAUGCAGAUUUGCAUGAUGCUUCGCGCACUGCUUUGUAUGCAGCAGCACAAGGUGGCCACCUGGGUGUGGUGAAAAUCCUUUGCGAACUGCGCGCCGACACCGACAAGGGCGCGACGCGCUACGGUGCGUCACCCCUCUUCACUGCGGCAGAGUAUGGACAUGCGGAGGUGGUGAAGAUCCUUUGUUCCUUUGGUGCGGCCACCAACAAAGCCCUCAUCGUCGACGCCUCCGACACAGGGCUAAUUCCGCUUCAUGCAGCUGCCAAGAACGGGCAUUUCGAGGUGCCCCCAGCCGUUCAGCUGAUGGUGGUGCGCUACUUGUGCGCCUGCAGGGGCGACGUUUGCAAAGCCACUUUGAAAGCUAAUUUGACACAGCUCAUCAGCAGUGAGCCCACGGACGCGCAACGGGGACAGGGAGACAUCCCAGAGGUGGGCAUCACACCACUUUUUCUGGCAGUUCGAGGAGGUCAUAGUCAGAUUGUGCAGUUCCUAUGUACAGCCCAGGCAGAUGUCAACAAGACAUUGCCGGACAGUGGAUGCACCACUCUUCACAUGGCUUGCCGCAAGGGCAAUCAGAGUGUGGUUCAAAUCCUGCUGACCGCCAAAGCCAACGUGAACAUCCCCCUCACCGCCAUGAACCGAUACACACCUCUGCAUGCAGCUGCAUCUGCUGGCUGCGAACUCGUGGUAUCACAGCUCUGCCAGGCUCGGGCCAAAAUGGAUCAACCAACUGGCGAGCCUGGGCAAUUUGUCAAUUUGCCAAUGGCUGUGACUCGGGGUAGGGCCGGGGUAGGAUCGCGCGGGCCUGGCAAUGAUUUUUUGCCAACUUUAUUCCGCUCCAGCUGCCAAGCGUUGCCAACCGCUUUUGUAUCAGCCAAGGACAUCGAAGCAACGCCCCUCUACCUGGCUGCUGCGAAGGGAUUCGUGAAAGUUGUGAAGGUUCUCUGCAGGUCGAGAGCAGAUGUCAACAAGACUCCCACCUGUACCAGUGCCACUCCAUUGUACAUGGCCUGCUUGAAUGGACAUUUGGAGGUGGUUCAAAGCCUUUGCCUCGCCAGGGCAGAUUUGAAUAAAGAAGUUCUCAGAAACAGACAGACACCGCUGUUCGUUGCUGCAAAGAAUGGUCACCUGGACAUAGCCAAAACUUUGAGCGUGGCCGGUGCGGAUCUACACAAAGCAUCUUCCAGCGAAGUGACUCCGUUACACAUGGCUGCCAUGAAUGGACACUAUGACCUUGUAGAAGGUCUUGUAAGCCGCAGCCUUUGCUUCAGUAAGAAACAACGCCGACGUCAACAUAGCUUCCAAAAUUGGCGCCACACCCUUGCACCUUACAGCGUUGAACAACCACCCACGGGUGCUCCUGAUGUGAGAUUCCAAUCCAUUGAUGCCAAGCUCUCCAAUGCCUUGAGAAAAGUCAUUGACAAUGCUGGGGACAAAUCCAUGCAAGUGAAGUAUGACAUGUCCAUGAAGAACCAAUUGUAUGGGAGAAGUGGGGACUUCAUCAAGGGACGAGAACUAUUUGCAAUGAUACUGAUUAGCUUCAAGUCACCUGACCAUACUGAAGUUCUCUACAAUGCCCAUCAUUUGUAUAUGUUCAACUAUUAUGGAGAUGAUCAGCUUGAGGCAUUCUACAACAAGUGGCUUGACAUCGUAUAUAAUAUGAAACAUGAUGAUCUACCUUCCAACAAUUCCCUGCGUGAUACAUUGUUCCGGAAGAUUGAACAUUCAAAGCUUAUGGCCUUCGAUAUCAAUCGAUACAAGACCUUUGACGAAGGGCAUCCUGAGAAGACCUAUGCUUACCUAACUGGUAUGAUCAAGGGAUACAUAGCACGAGGGAAGCAAGAACGACUGUUGAAAGAUAGAGAACGUGCAGUGAAACUGUCAUUGUCCUCUAACAAGACGACACCUGCCCUAGAAGAUGCAGACAAGCCUGCCGCUCCCGUCAAAACCAAGAAGGAGAACGAAGCAGCCGCAUCGUCUACAGGUGAUCCUCCCAAACGUCCUAAGGCGAAAGCGAAGAGUGAAGCUGCAUCAGUACUUCCUACACCUUCUCCGAAGUCCCAUGCCGACAAGAACAACAAGAAAGGCAAAGGUGGGAAGGGAAGAUCAUCUUCACCCGUGGACAAGAAGAAGAUUUUCUGUGUGGUGAAAGGCGAUCCCCUGCUAUUCCUGCCAGCGUACUUGGUGCUCUCUCCUCUUCUCCAAUGGACGGUGGGUUCCUACAUUUUCCAAGGCCCUAAGGUCGCGACAUCUUCAGGGGAUGUCGAGAAUCCGGCUCCAGCUGCCGACGUCACCGCAGUAGCUUCCAUCCCUUCAAUUCCAGAAGCUUCAAUCCCAGAAGCUGAUAUUCCGCCCAUGGACUCAAACUACUCUGCCAAGUCGGUUCCCAUUCCGGUCACUCGGGCCGCAACCUCCCACGCGGUUUUUCGAGAGGUCCCUGAGAGCAGAGAAGAGGUGCGCUUCCAAACCAUCAGCUUUGGCAUCGAGCCUCCCCUCAAGGUGGGCCCAGGACUUUCCGCGCAGGCCGAAUUGGAAGACGUCCUGACACCGGAGGACGUGCAGCUGCCCUGCCAGCGAGAGCGUUGUGGAAAGCGCUUGAAGCGCAUCCUCUUCAUGUUUCUGUCCCCUCCGGUGGCUGCCACACUGCUGGGUAUCCUGGUGGCUUUCAUUCGGCUGCUGCAGAACCAGUUCGUGAAUCUCAACGACUGGACCCUCCCAGAUAAGCGCGCCCUGGACUGGGCUUACAACGCUAUCCGCACCUUAGGUCAGGCGGCUGUGCCGGUGAACCUGCUGAUGUUGGGCUCCAACCUGUCCAAGGGAGCAGAUUUCAGAGCACUGCCCGUGGGUAUGGCCAUUGGUUUGACUCUGACCAAGAUGUUGCUGCAACCUGCGGUCGUCGCAUUCUUCGUCUUCUGCGUGUCCCGGCUGAUGCCGGGACCCGUGCAAACGGGGAAGUGGUUGGUGGCCAUUGUGGUGUCCUUGACCCCCACGGCCAACAACAUCAUGGUGCAGGUGGAGGUGGGUGGCCAGGACAAGGCUGCUAUGACGACGCUGAUUUUUAUCCAGUAUUUGAUGUCACCCAUCCUGCUCACCAUCUCACUGACAGCCACCAGCGCGCUAAUGCAAGUGGAUGGCUUCCUUGGCCACGCAGCUUCCCCCGAUUUCCAUGCGCAGUUUGGAAUUUGAGCCAUGCGGCAGUGAAUUCGGAUGUAACCUCUGCAACCUGUACAGCAGAGCAAGG